AUGCCCUCUCAAUACGACACCUUCUCGUCACCUCUAUCUAGCCGAUAUGCCUCGCCAGAAAUGCUCAGUCUUUUCAGUGCACGAACCAGAGCAUCUACUUGGCGACAACUAUGGAUCUACCUAGCACAAUCACAGAAAGAACUUGGUCUCCAAAUCCCGGAUGAUGCUAUCUCUCAGAUGGAAGCCGCAAAGACCAUGACUGACGAGGAUUUCCAAGUCGCUGCCGUGGAGGAGAAGCGUCGUCGACACGAUGUGAUGGCUCACGUUCAUGCCUUUGGUCAACGAGCACCAGCUGCCGAGAAAAUUAUACAUUGGGGUGCGACGAGUUGUUACGUUACUGACAAUGCUGACCUGAUCUUCCUGCGAGAUGGACUGGAUAUUCUACUGCCAAAGUUGGCCAAGGUGAUCUCGAAGCUCAGCCAAUUCUCGUUGGAGCAGAAAGCUACGCCAUGUCUAGGAUACACGCACGGACAGCCAGCACAACUGAUUACUGUGGGCAGAAGAGCUGCGAUCUGGGUUGAGAGUCUGUUGAUGGAUUUGAGGAACCUGACGAGAGCAAAGCAGGAUAUUCUGAGAAGCUUCAGGGGCGUCAAGGGAACGACGGGUACACAAGCGAGCUUCUUGCAGAUAUUUGAGGGUGAUCACGAUAAAGUGGAAGAGUUGGACAGACUUGUGACUAAAAAGGCAGGUUUCGAAAGAGCAUGCAUCGUCUCAGUCCAGACUUAUAACCGCAAAGUCGACACCGAUACUGGUAAUGUGCUAGCGUCUUUCGGCACAACCUGUGAGCACAUAGGCACAGAUAUUCGACAUUUAGCCAUGCUCAAAGAACUGGAAGAGCCAUUUGAGAAGGACCAAAUCGGUAGUUCAGCAAUGGCAUACAAGCGCAAUCCUAUGCGAAGCGAGCGCAUGUGCAGUUUGGGUCGAAAAUUGGCCACGCUCAACCUCUCGACGUCACAGACAUUCGCUCACCAAUGGUUCGAACGAAGUCUCGACGACAGCGCGAUUCGACGAAUAGAUAUACCAGAGAUGUUCCUGAUUGCAGACGCACUGCUCAUCCUACUGGACAACGUGUCUAGCGGAUUGGUGGUGUACCCUGCGGUCAUCAACAAGCGCAUUCAGGAGGAACUUCCAUUCAUGGCGACCGAGAACAUUAUCAUGCGACUAGUUGCCAAGGGUCAAUCCAGACAAGAGGCUCAUGAGCAGAUCCGAGUGCUGUCACAUCAAGCUGGAGCAGUGGUGAAACAGGAGGGCAAGCAAAACGACUUGGUAGAGAGGAUUAAGAAGGAGCCAUUCUUCGCAUCUAUUGUAGAUGAGCUCACUGAGGACAAGUUGCUGAAUCCGGGUGAUUUCAUUGGUAGAGCACCACAACAGGUUGAACGCUUUGUAAAGGAGGAGGUUGAACCAGCGAUUCAGCCCUACAGGGAGUAUAUUGCCCAGAGUGGCGUGUCUGAAUUGCACGUUUAG